AUGGCUGAGGCAAAAUACACUGAGCAGCUCGAGGCAGCCGAGAAGAAAAACGUUGAGCUGCUCGAACAGAAGACCAAACUGGCUGAAGAGCUGAAACAUCACCAGGCUACUUUGAUCAAAGCCAUUGAAACUAAAGAGAAGUACAAGGAGGCUUCUUUGCUUAAUUUUAAGGAAGCCUCUAAGCUUCAAGAUGAUCUGGUCAUCAGCAAAAAGGAGACUGAGGGGUUGGAGGAACGCAUCAAAGAGCUCGAGGAGACCAAUGCCAGUAACCUAGAGAGGUACAAGGGAGCCACUUUCAAAUGCUUCUAUGUGUUUUGGAAGCAUAACCGUGAGGUGGACUUCAACUAUCUCUCAGAGCGUAUGAGGCAGUCUGAGCUAAAUAGAUGUCUUGUUCGCCUUGAAGAGGAGGAGAGAGCAAAAAUUCCAGCCUCCCCUGAAAUCUCCUUGGCUACGAGCAUCGAUGGCGCAGAAGAGGAAAUUGGGGCCUUCGUCGACUAG